AUGGCGAUCCAACAACGCAGCAAGCAAACGAGCAUCAUCCUCACCUUUAGGAUUCUACAAUUUGUCAAACAGCUUCGUCGACGUGUCAAGCCGCGCGUGCUCGAUGGCUCAAUUGAUGCGAACGCCCUUGGCGGCAGACUCUCGCCAAGCCUCCGAAGUAUUGCCAACGGUCUAUCGCGGAUCAGCGUCCAGGAUGCGAAGCAGUCGCGUCGUGUCGCCCAUCGCAUCUGCAAGAGUCAGCACAAGAAUCCGGAGUUGAAGCGAUCGUCGCGCAACCUGCAGACGCCGGGUUCGGCUGCUCCCGCAAGUCGAAACCUAGGAGAUGAGGUGCAACAUAUGCUUCGCUCGGUCGACGGCAAGCUCCAUGCCGCAGGAAACACCUUCUCGUCUAUUGCGGGUAGUAACAAACUCUUCCUCAAACACCAUAAUACGCCGAUCUUUGAGGCUUGUUCCCUGAAUGAGACGAUACAGAUCCUCGUGGCAGUACACGAAGCGAUCAACGUGCUUGCGGAGUGUCGCCGGCAGUAUGGUGACGACUGGCUCUUGGCCCAAGGGCUUGACGCUGGACUUAUCCUUGACGAGAACUUCAUUGCCAAUUAUGAACAUUUGUUGCUGCGACUGCAGACAGACCUCAUUGAAGUCUUGGCGCAGAAGGCGUUCAAGGAGUUGCUCGACGGCGAUCAUGACAAGAAGCAGCGCAAACUACUAGCAUGGUUCACUGAAUUCGCCGAGAAGCCGCAAGCUCUCAGCACCUUUCCAUGGACCAUCAAACCCUCGCUCGCUGUGCUGUGGGGAGUGUGCUGGAUGUUUUAUGAGAAAACUCUGGACGAACAGACGAAUCGCAACAAAGAUCGCGUGCGAUACGACGCAGUGCUACAAAACCUCAAUCUUUCGUGGGAUACAGGUGCAUCGUCAGACUACCUCAGCCUCGGCCGUGAGCUGAUUGGCGAACAACCGCAGCAUGCGACGCAUGCGACAAACGUCAAUGUGGGCCAUGAUCUGUUCCAGGCACGAAACACGGAAACCUGGGAGCCCGAUCUGAGUUCGGAUGGUCUCACGAGCAGGCUGCCAGUCUUGAGGGUUAGUCAGGCUGGAGGAGCGGAGCCAUCGCCGCGUCCAGAUACUUAUUAUCGCCCUGCCGCCCAAGACUAUCAGGCAGUUUCGCCCGUUAAUUUUUAUUUGCCUCAAGAUCCAGGCAUUGCUGCGCCACCUCUAACGGCCUUUCCGCAUCUGGGCUCCGACCACCAUAAUUCUUGGCACCCAUAUUCAUUGCCACCUCAAGACAGUCCGCGUCAUCUGAUCACAUCUAUUCAAGUUCCGAGAGUUAGAGUCACCGGAGCGGCGGAAAGCAAUCUCUUUGCUCAGCCACAAACUGACUUCGCGUCUUCUGGUAUAUAUCGACCAAAUCGCCAACCUGAGGCCCAGCAACAGUGCUUUAACCCCCAAUUCUUCAACCUUUACGACCAGAACAUCAUGACUGAACUAUCACCAAAUCCCACUCCUAUGCAAGUCCCACACGAGCACAAGCGGAAUAUCUCCAUCAAUUCACUUACCGACAUGCCUACCCCCGUCAGCAUGGUCGGCCCUCGGUCUCCUCUAACAUCUCCAACUGCUGGCGAACGACCGAUCAUAACCACAAGCCCACCAAGAAGUCACAGCAGAGGGAUAUCUGUGGAUUCUUCACAAGAUGGCGACGACGACGGAUCACUACGGAAGAACCACAGCUACAAACGCGCCGAAGAACCGCCGCGCAAUGAAGACGGCAAGAUGGUGUGCAAGUAUCAAGAAUGCCGGGGUACAUCUUUCGACCGAAAAUGCGAAUGGAGCAAACACAUGGACAAACAUGACCGACCUUACAAGUGCAACGUCAAGGGUUGCGAGAAACUUCAAGGCUUCACUUACAGCGGCGGCCUUCUUCGCCACGAACGUGAAGUUCACAAGAUGCACGGCGGUACCAAGAAGUCUCUCUUCUGCCCUUUCCACGACUGCAAACGCAGCUCAGGCGCCGGCUUCACGCGGAAGGAGAACCUGGCUGAGCAUGUUCGCCGCGUACACCGGAGAACAUCAAUGUCAGCAGACAUGCAUGGCUUGAUAAUCCGCCGCGACAUGGUCAGGCGUGAGAUGGAAGGUUCACCCAUCGCUGAGUCACGAGCCUCGGAGUCACCUUACAACCGACCCAUGGAGUACCGCGAGGAGGAGGAUCUGAGUCUCAAGCGCAAGCGAGUAGGCUCUGACUCUGGUAUCUCGGACCGUGGCAACGAUGAGAUGCGCUCCGAAAUCAAGCGUCUUCGACAGGAGAAUGAGGAAAAGGACUCACGAUUACGGCAACUAGAGCAGGCUGUCAUGGCUCUGCAACAGAGUCAUAGGCAAUGA